UAUCGUCGUGUCUUACCGGUGUCUGCUAUUUUCAGAGUUCAAAGAGUAGAGGACAAAAAAAAAGAGAGAGAAAACUGAAAAGACUUGCCAUCAUUGCCAUGGGUAGAAGAAAAACCCUAACAAAACCCCCCGUCAUAGCAGACUAUCUCAGCUCCCGAUUUUAGGCUCAAAGUUGAACUUUGAAGGGCACUAUCUCUCUGGCACUUCGACCCAAAAUGGUGAAACGGAAUCUCGAAACGGAUUCCGAUGACGAUGGUUCAGCAACACCCACACCAGCUCACAAAACUGUCUUUGUUGACACCACUCUGGACACCCAUCUAGUGACGAUCGUCUCCGAUGACGAAACCGUCGCUGAUUUCAAAAAGAAGAUAAUGUUAGAACACCCCCAGUGCUUUCCUAAAAUUGGGGAGAUAGAAAUCCAUGCUUUGAAGGUAAAGCAAAAAGGAUACUUUUAUCAUCUGUCGGAUUCCAUGCUUGUUAAAAGUGCUUUUGCGGGGGCUAAAAAAAAUUGGUUUCUUUCUGCUGAUGCUUCUAGACUGAACGAUCAUAAUGACAACCUAAAUUCCUGUGAACCUGAUGCUGGCAACCAGCUAGCAUUACUCUGCAUCAAUUAUCCUCCAGAUGAUAGAAAUGAUCUUCCAACUGGUUGUCCUUCCAACGGGUUUUCCUUGAUUGAUGAGCCACUGAUGUCACAAACUAUUAGCAUCCACAAUGCAAAAAUGAGAGUUGCUGAUGCAGGCCAGUCUGGUGCGAUCUAUUCAUAUAAAAAAGUUUCCAAUGAUUUGGAGAUGGAAGUUAAACAUAUUACUGAUGAGCACUGCAAAAAUUCAUCUUCUGCCGCCAAUAAAGAAAACUAUGGGGAUGAGGUAUGUCACCCUGUUUUUAAAGAAAACUAUGCUUCAUCCCUUUCAUGUAGUAAAGAUGUAUCACAUCCAGAGGGGGUUGGCACUGCAAAGUCUUCAGGCAAUGCAGGUAGAGAAAAAUCAAAUGAUACAACAGUGGGAAACAAAAAUGUUAGUGAGGAACCUCGUAAGAAUGACAAAUCCAAGAAUACGGUUGGUGUUGUUCAGUGCAAUAUUUCCUUAGAAGAAGCUUCACAAUCUGGACUCAGAACAAGGAAAAAGCAGAAGAUAGAAAGCAAUGAAGUCUCUGGGACUCCUUUAAAACAAAACAAAGGUUUAGUUUCUAAUUAUGGUGAAGAGACUUCCAAGCCAGAGACUAAAAUCCCUGAGAACUCUAAAGAUGACAAACAGAAAAGUGAAAAUGCUACUUUGGAUGGUAUAUCUGCCAAACUUCCGGAGGAUAUCCAUUUGAUGAAUAGUUCAAGCGGUGGGAAGACUAAAAAGAAAAGGAGGGAUAAAACAUCAACCCCUCAUGAUCAAAUAAUCUCUUCUGUGCCAUCUUCUCUGCACAGUGUUGGGGUAUUGAGUUGCCAGGAAAAUGGAGAAAUUAACCCCAAAGAUUUGGGUAGGAUAUCUGUUGCAACAUAUAUUUCUGGAGAAGGAGACCAGGAUGCAACACUCUACAAACAUUUGGCGGUCUCACGGAAGGAAAAGCAAUGUGAACCACUCCAAGAAGUGGUUGAAGGGAACAAAGCUCCCUCUUCAAUAGGCAAUUACAUGAAUGAAGCUGACAUCCGCACUGUAGGAGAUAAAUAUGCUUCAAAACUAGCUGCUUUAGCUGAAGUAAAAGGAACAAAAAAGUUGAUGAAGCAUUGUGCCACUGAUGUGAAAGGGACUUCUUCAGUUUCGGCCAGAGACCCUGAUAACCUGAAAAAAGACGCUAUGCACUCUGGGCAUGAGAAUAUUGUCCCUGACGAUCAUAAUUUUGAAAAGGAUCAGACUGAUAAAAUUGAAGAGGAAAGAGAAUUGUCACAGAACCAUGAUCCUGAAGUGUUACUGUCUGAAAGGUGCAAACCUUUAAUUCUGGGUGAAGUAGAUGUGAAUGUUAAAGAAGCAAACAUCUCAGCCAAGUUAUCAGAUGCCAACAUUGUGAUGGAAACUGGGAGUUCUGUUGCCAGGAAAAGGAAGAGAAUGAAUAUGAAGAUGUCUGCUCGAGUAGAUCAGGUCAUAUCAGACUUGGAGCACAGUAAUAAUCCUGUAGAUGACAUUUCCUCAAUUGUGCCUUAUUCAGCUUUCAACGGUUGUCUAGAUAAUGAAGCUAAGAAAAAGGAAAGCAUCUCGUCUCAGUCUGAAAGGACACAAGUACCAGAACCUAAUAAAUUGGAGUCUUCUUUUGUCGUUGCUGAUGGGAGAGGUGAUGAUGUGAGUGGAAAUGAUGCAGAACCUUUGCUGCUAACUCAGAUAAAUGAAAAUAAAGAGAAUGCAGGAAAUGUGGAUGAGAUAUUAAGAAAGAAAUCAAAAAAGUAUCGACGCUCCGCUACAAAGACCCUCCCGGAUUUGCCUAUCAAAGAGCGAGGAAAUGAGGUGGAGCCUAUGCAGCUAAAUGAAACUAGCAGGACUCAAGAAAACGCAGAAAAUGUGGAUGAGGAAGUAAGAAAGGAAACAAAAAGGAACAAAAACUCCACUGCAAAGAGUCUCCGAGAUUUGGCAAUUGUUGCUGAUGGGAAAGGUGAUGAUGUGAAUGGAAAUGAUGCAGAACCUUUGCAGCAGAUAAAUAAAAAUAAAGAGAAUGUAGGAAAUGUGGAUGAGAUAUCAAGAAAGAAACCAAAAAAGAAUCGAAGCUCCACUACAAAGACACUCCCAGAUUUGCCAAUCAAAGAGCGAGGAAAUGAGGUGGAACCUAUGCAGCUAAAUGAAACUAGCAGGACUCAAAACUAUGCAGAAAAUGUGGAUGAGGAAGUAAGAAAUGAAACAGAAAGGAACAAAAACUCCACUGCAAAGAGUCUCCGGGAUUUGCCAAUGGUUGCUGAUGGGAAAGGUGAUGAUGUGAGUGGAAAUGAUGCAGAACCUUUGCCGCUAACUCAGAUGAAUGAAAAUAAAGAGAAUGCUGGAAAUGUGGAUGGGAUAUCAAGAAAGAAAUCGAAAAAGAAUCGAAGCUCUACUACAAAGACCCUCCCGGAUUUUCCAAUCAAAGAGCCAGGAAAUGAGGUGGAGCCUAUGCAGCUAAAUGAAACUAGCAGAACUCAAGAAAAUGCAGAAAAUUUGGAUGAGGAAGUAAGAAAGGAAACAGAAAGGAACAAAAACUCCACUGCAAAGAGUCUCCGAGAUUUGCCAAUGGUUGCUGAUGAAAAAGGUGAUGAUGUGAGUGGAAAUGAUGCAGAACCUUUGCCGCUAACUCAGAUGAAUGAAAAUAAAGAGAAUCCAAGAAAUGUGGAUGAGAUAUUAAGAAAGAAACCGAAAAAGAAUCGAAGCUCCACAAAGACCCUCCCAGAUUUGCCGAUCAAAGAGCGAGGAAAUGAGGUGGAGCCUAUGCUGCUAAAUGAAACUAGCAGGACUCAAGAAAAUGCAGAAAAUGUGAAUGAGAAAGUAAGAAAGAAUACAAACAGGAACAAAAACUCCACUGUAAAGAGUCUCCGAGAUUUGCCAAUGGUUGCUGAUGGGAAAGGUGAUGAUGUGAAUGGAAAUGAUGCAGAACCUUUGAAGCAGAUAAAUGAAAAUAAAGAGAAUGCAGGAAAUGUGGAUGGGAUACCAAGAAAGAAACCGAAAAAGAAUCAAAGCUCCACUACAAAGACCCUUCCAGAUUUGCCAAUCAAAGAGCGAGGAAAUGAGGUGGAACCUAUGCAGCUAAGUGAAACUAGCAGGACUCAAGAAAAUGCAGAAAAUGUGGAUGAGGAAGUACGAAAGGAAACAGAAAGCAACAAAAAUUCCACUGCAAAGAAUUUGCCAAUGGUUGCUGAGGAAAAAAGUGAUGAUGUGAGUGGAAAUGAUGCAGAACCUUUGCCGCUAACUCAGAUGAAUGAAAAUAAAGAGAAUGCUGGAAAUAUGGUUGAGAUAUUAAGAAAGAAACUGAAAAAGAAUCAAAGCUCCACUACAAAGACCCUCCCAGAUUUGUCAAUCAAAGAGCGAGGAAAUGAGGUGCAGCCUAUGCAGCUAAAUGAAACUAUCAGGACUCUAGAAAGUGAAGAAACUGUGGAUGAGGAAGUAAGAAAGGAAACCAAAAGGAACAAAAACUCCACUGCAAAGAGUCUCCGAGAUUUGCCAAUGAAGAAGCAACCAGUUGGUGUGAAAGAAUUAACAUCUCCAAAUGAUAGAAUCGGAGCGGAGGAUACUCCGUCCAAAACGAAGAAGAGAACUAGAUCAGUAAAUACAAGUGUGGUGAAUCAAUUAACUGGAACAGACUUGGGACUUGAGAGAGAUGCUGAUACUGAAUGUGCUUCUUUUAAUCCCCAACUUCCGCCAUCAGAGAAACUUGAGGGUGAUUCAGUGAGAAGGCCUAUUGAAGCUAAUGUAGAUGAUAAUGCCCUUGAAAAUUGCAGUAUGGCUGGUGCUAAUAAUCAGAUGAGUGAUUCUAAGUGUAAAGGUGAUGCUAUUAAUUUCAAGGAAUAUUUUGUAUCUGCAAAAAACCAGCAUGAAGUUGCUCUUGAGGUGCUUGUUGACAAGGUGAAUGAAGCAAAAAGAUCAGACAAGGAGGUGAAAGCUAAAAAGAGCAUAAAGAAGCCUGUAGCUUGUGGAGGCACCUUACCUGAUCCAAAGAACCCGCUCAAAUCACAUGAAAACCUGGGGAGUGAAAAAAAAUUGAAGGGUGGAAUAUCUAGUAGCAUUCAACUUCAAGGAUCAUUAUCAAAGGAAACAUGUAGCAAAGUUAUGCUUCACCACAAAAAUAAGUCUUCAAAAGUUUCAGGAAAUGAGGAAAAUGGUGAAUUUUCAACAGCAUCUAUCUCAAGCUCAGAAAGUUCGAAGAGAUCUGUCCGAAAUAAGAAGCAUUACAAGCAUCAAUCAAGUUUAGAUCGUCGUCAUGCGACAACUGCAGAAGCUUCCCAUAAGAAUACCGGGGAAGUUCGUGAGAAGAGAUUGUUGGCGACGCCUGGUGCAAUUUUUAGGGAUGAAAGCAGCGAUAGUUCUGAAGAUGAAAAAGGGCCCGGAAACUCUGAUGCCAGCACCAGAACUCCAUCAAAUAAUUCAUCUUCAUCAGGCUACUCAGAUGGGGAAACCCAGUCAAGUUUGGACUCACUGCAAAAUGGAUCUCAUAGCGUGAAAGGAAAGAAAGGUGGUGGGAAAAAAAACAUAAAACCAGCCUUAUCUGGCCCGAAUAAUAUAACCAUGGAUAUGGUUCUUAGGAAUUCGAGCAGAUUCAAGAUGGCCAAGCUCACAGCUUCUCAAUCACAACUUGGAGAUGAUACUGAAAGCCAGCCUAUUGAUUUUGUUCCAGACAGCCUAGAGAACCUGUGAUCACUCCAGGUUGUGUUUUGUUUCGGGAUUUUGUUUUUCCGUCUUGAAUUUUGUGAUCGUGUAGUAGCCUUGAGAGGCCAUUUUGGGUUUUUGGAAUGUGGGUUUACAAGAUAGUUACUUCUAACAAUAUUUAGUAUUUGUAUUUCAAGUAUGGAAAGCUUUGUAGUGGCACUGGAACUAAAUUGUCCGAGCACUUGCCUGAAUGCAUGAUGCUGUUCAGGUCUUAUAAAAUUUUGUGAAGGCUAAAUCUAAAGCCAAGUUUUGCCAA